AUGGAUUGCUCCGGUUCCUCCAGCUCCUCCUCCUCCUCCUCCUCCCCCAAGGCGGCCGCGCCCGAGGCGGCGUCCACUUCUCCAACGACCAUGGGGGACCUGGACGCCUACUUCGACCGGCUGAUCCUGAAGGAGCUGGACCACUUCCGCGCUGGGCCGUCAUCCCCAGCCAACAACACCAUCAACAACACCACCGCUGCCCCCGCCAGCCCCGACACUCCCGCCACAGAGGUGGCGGAGACAACCGCCUCGCCCCCCGUCACAGGGCAGGCCGGGCCAACAACCCCCACCGUCCAGGCACGUCCCGCAGCCGCCGUCGAACAGGCUGCCAUCCACUCGGCGCCUGUCACGGCUCCUGCCCCCAAGGCCGCCGCUCCCCCUGCCGACCAUCCCGCCGAGGAUGGGAAAGCCACAAAGCAGGUGGACGAGCCCGAGACCGCGACCAGGACCGUCGCCACAGCCCUCCCGGCGGCGGUGGCCCAAGAGCUCAGGCUCCUGACCAUCCCCAACAACACGCCCCGCCAGAGGCACAACAACGGCGCGCGGACCCAGCGCGUUUACCGCCUGGCCGCCAAGCUGGGCGUGUCACCCGGCGCUGCCCGCUGGGUUCGCGGAGCGAAGGCAUACGCGCAGCCGGCCAUCCCGGAGUCAACCGUCGUCAGCAAGUCCGUCACCGAGUACAACCAGUUCCUGUACGACGGCGGCGACGACGACGACAAGAAGGUGGUGCUGCGGAUGCCGGGCGGGUGGAAGCGGGACCUGGUGCGCUCUCGGCCGGCGUUCCUGGGGGUGGCGGUGAUCGACGGGUUCCUCUGGCCGCGGUUCAGUCCGAACCUGCCAAGGGGGAUGACCACGGAUUGGGAAGAGCAGGGCUUCGUUGAGUUCAACGAGGUCCGCUACACCACCCCGUUCGUGGCGCGGGAGCCGCGGCCAGCCGUGAACACGGAGCGAGAGGACGGGAUCCUGAUCCGGCUCGACGAGUAG